CACUCCACGCUGCUGGACCCUCUCCUACUACUCUGCGAAGCGCCGCCGACUAUCCUUCGAUGCCCUAACCCGGUAGUUCCAGACCAGGAGCAUCAGCUCACCGCUGCUUAGUCCGGUUUGAGCAGUAUUGCAAGCAAAUCAUGGGGAAAACCAUUGGAUUCCUAAAAGUCAUCAUUGUAGAAGGGAAGAGACUGGCUGUUCGAGAUUUUAUUAGCAGUGAUCCUUAUGUUAUUGUCAGGGUUGGAGAACAGCUGGAAAAAACGAAAGUGAUUAAAAGCUGUCUUAAUCCUGUGUGGAAUGAAGAGUUGACAUUCUCUAUAACAGAACCAGUUACUGAUCUGAAGCUGGAGGUUUUCGACCGGGAUCGGUUCAAGGUUGAUGAUAAGAUGGGGCACGCCUUCCUAAGCCUCCAACCAAUUAUAUCAGCCUCAAAGCUGAAGCGAGCACUGAAGCUCUCAACAGGUGAAAGCGAAACCAAUCUCAGAAAGGUAGCUCCUAACAUGGACAACUGCCUCAUUGUAGAUAGCUUUGUAACUUUUGUGGACGGAGAAAUUGUUCAAGAUGCUUAUCUGAAACUGCAAGCUGUUGAGUCUGGUGAAUUAUUUGUAAAGCUGAAAUGGUAUGACCUCCCCACAUAAUCAGUAUCAGUUUGUUGAAUUGUACAGAUUUUUCUUCUUCUGAUUUGUAAAAGGGAAGUUUACAUACUUAGCACACAGUUCUUAUGUAUUUACAUAUUGCACACUUAAAUUUAUGAAAGUUUAGAUGUUGAGCUAUAUAAGUAUGUAAGAAUUGUGUCCUAUUCAUGUAAGUGCCUAUUUGUAAAAAUAGCAGUGGUUCGCCCUCGAAUUAAGUUUAAACAAUUGCCAAUUAUUUGUAU